AUGUUUAUCUAUCUCGUUUCAUCUCUUUAUAUCUAUCGUGUUUCUUCAUCUCUAUCCAUUUAUAUCUCUAUCUCUUUUCUUCUCUAUCUAUGCCUUUUCUUAUCUAUCUAUGUCUUCUCUCUCUAUGCCUUUUCUUAUCUAUCUAUGUCUUCUCUAUCUCUGCCUUUUCUUCUAUAUCUAUCUAUCUAUCUCUGCCUUUUCUUCUAUAUCUAUCUAUCUAUCUAUCUCUGCCUUUUCUUCUAUAUCUAUCUAUCUAUCUAUCUCUGCCUUUUCUUCUAUAUCUAUCUAUCUAUCUCUGCCUUUUCUUCUAUAUCUAUCUAUCUAUCUAUCUCUGCCUUUUCUUCUAUAUCUAUCUAUCUAUCUAUCUCUGCCUUUUCUUCUAUAUCUAUCUAUCUAUCUAUCUCUGCCUUUUCUUCUAUAUCUAUCUAUCUAUCUAUCUAUCUGCCUUUUUCUUCUAUAUCUAUCUAUCUAUCUAUCUCUGCCUUUUCUUCUAUAUCUAUCUAUCUAUCUAUCUCUGCCUUUUCUUCUAUAUCUAUCUAUCUAUCUAUCUCUGCCUUUUCUUCUAUAUCUAUCUAUCUAUCUCUGCCUUUUCUUCUAUAUCUAUCUAUCUAUCUAUGUCUUCUCUAUCUAUGCCUUUUCUUAUCUAUCUAUCUAUCCAUCUAUCUAUCUCUUUAUCCAUAUAUGUCGGUCUAUAUCACUGUAAUCAUAUUUCCACCUAUCUCUCUUCAGAUCUAUAGCAAUCUAUCUGCCUAUUCAUUUUGGUCAUAUCUGUCUUAUGUUCUGUCUGCCUGUCCGUCUGUCUGUAGUUAA